AUGGAAUUCAAAGACUUAGAUCCUAGAUUAACACGCGCAUUAUCAAAGCUUAAAUUCCAUAAACCAACAUUAGUGCAAGCUGAAGUGAUUCCUUUGGCACUCGCGAGAAAGGAUAUAUUAGCAAGAGCACGAACUGGAAGUGGAAAAACGGCUGCAUACUGUUUGCCUGCGAUAAAAGAAUCACCGGAAAAUGCGAUUCGUUCAAUUAUUCUUGUUCCAACGCGUGAAUUAGCUGAACAAGUCACUCAACACAUAAAAUGCUUCAUAAUAUAUUGUUCAAAAGAAAUUAAAGUGGUUAACAUAGCGAGUUCGGCUCCGGUAGAAUUACAAAGACCAAUCUUAUCAGAAUUACCUGAUAUCAUAGUAUCAACACCUAGUCGAUUAUUGGCUAGUUUCGAGGCUCAAAAUCUUGAUGUUCGAAAUACUCUUGAAUCUUUUGUAAUCGAUGAAGCGGAUCUUGUGCUUUCAUAUGGUUACGAGGAGGAUAUACAAAAGAUCAUAACUUAUUUACCUAAAAUAUUUCAAUGUUAUAUGAUGAGUGCAACCUUAAGACGUAGAAAAAUUGAAACAUUUGUUUUUGCGGAAUCCAGUACUUGUUCAGAAGCAGAUAAAUUUUUAUUAACCUACGUUAUCUUGAAAUUACGUUUAAUCAAAGGGAAAUGUAUCAUGUUUGUGAAUGAUAUUGAUCGAUGUUAUCGUCUCAAAUUAUUUUUGGAUCAAUUCUCGAUAAGAUCUUGUGUCUUGAAUUCGGAAUUACCUUUAAAUUCUAGAUAUCAUAUAGUACAAGAAUUCAACAAAGGGAUUUAUGAUUAUAUUGUAGCGACAGAUGAGGGCGAUUAUAAUUCUAAUCGGGAUUCUGAAGAUGAAGAUGAAGAUGAAAGGAAAACUGAAGAGAGAAAAAAGAAAAAUUCAGAUAAACAAAAGAAAGAUGAUGAUAAUAAUAAUAACAAAAAGGAAUACGGGGUAUCUCGUGGAAUUGAUUUCAUUAAUGUAUCAGCAGUCAUUAAUUUCGAUUUUCCGAUAUCAGCCAAAGCAUAUACUCAUAGAAUAGGUCGAACAGCUCGAGCUAAUAACAAGGGAAUGAGUUUAAGUUUUAUAGUUCCAAAAGAAUUAGUAGGGAAACAAAAAAAUUUAACCAGUCCAACUUCCAAAAAUGAUGAGGAGAUCUAUGCCCGAGUAGAAAAACAACAAACGAUGAUGGGAGCCACCUUAAAACCUUAUUCAUUUGAUAUGAAACAAGUAGAAGGAUUUAGAUAUCGAAUGGAAGAUGCGUUAAGAGCUGUAACUCGAUCUUCCAUCAAGGAAGCACGAUUGAAAGAUAAUCAUUUUGAAGGUAAUCCGAAUGACCUAAAAAUAUUACGACAUGAUGCAACCAUUCAUCCGUCAAGAGUUCAACAACACAUGAAGAACGUACCUCCAUACCUAAUGCCAAAAAUUGCCACCCCCGCUGGAUCAUCUUCCUUGAUAGAUGAUGAUGGGGUUGGAAAUGUUCCAUUUCGUAAAUCUAAAAAGAAUAAUAAACAUCAUCGUAAUUUUGGUUCUAGUUUUGGUUUGAAGAAACGUAAAAAUGACCCACUAAAAUCUUUUAGUUUUAGUGGUAAAAAUAACAAACGCCAGAAAAAAAAUUAG